AUGGCCGUCGUCAAAGCUCCUUACGCCCACUCGAAGCCGGAGCUCUGGGAAACCGGUUGCAACGAUACGCCCCUGUUUCUCUCGGAUCCCUACGCUUUCAACAUGUCGUAUCAAUAUAUGGCCCCACCCACGAACCAGCUUGGCAUAGACGUGCCACAGUCAGGGUACGGCUCGGACUUCAAGCUGCCGUCGCAGGACGCUUCGGCUCUAGACGGAGACUGCAAGCAAUCCGAAGGGUCCUACGAGGAUCAAAAACCAGGCGUUUCGCUGAGACGAUCCUUUUCCACGCCAAACACGGCUCAGAUGCAGCAGAGCACGCAAGAGGCACAGUCUCAGGCCGGAGCGACCAGCGAGAAGAAAAGGAAUAAGCUCGGCUACCACAGAACAUCCAUUGCCUGCAGUCACUGCCGCCGGAGGAAGAUCCGAUGCAUUGCAUCACCCGAAGUCCAGAAUCGUAAAGCUCAGACGGCUGGUGGCGAGGAGCUCUACCCGCCCGAGGUUAAAGUACCAUCAAACGGGAUGGCUGCCGGCCAGUACAGUUAUGCCAACCAGCCAUCGACCUCUUGGAUGGCGGAUGUGAAUUCAAGUUCGAUAUCAAAGCCUGAAAACCUCAACAUGUCGUGGCCUUCGUACGCGGCCGAGUCGCCAAUAGGCACGCAGUUCUCCCCAUACCCACAAUCGUCGGCCGCGUCGGCCACGUGGGCCUCUGGAAACUCAGAGGCCGGAUCUCACGACGAGAUGGCAUGGUCUGACUUCCCACCGCCCGCUCGUUCCAUGUCGCUGAGUGGAGAGAGCAGCGGGAGCCAUCAGCAGCUGCAGUACCUCGCGGUGGGUCAGGGCCAGCCUUUCGACCGCCGCCAUUCAGCGCUCUCCGACAUGUACACGCAGCCGUUCGGAGCGCCGGUCGCGAGCAUGACGCCGGGCUCGGUGGCUGGAAUCGAAAACUCCGGGUCGAUGGUGGCGGCAACAUUGCCGUCGAACGCCGAGCCUUGGCAACAGCCGCUUCUGUCGCAGGGUCCGAACCCAUACCCAAAGCCGACGGCCAUGUUCGAUGGCUGGCAGUACGACAAGGCUGGGGGAGGACAACAGAUGUGGCUUGAGGAGCAACGUCCACAGUCCACAACCGCCCCAGCUUCGUCGGACGCUUACUACUCAGCCUAA